AUGAGGUCACCAUACCUGCAGAUGGGUGAACAAGAAAGAAUGAGGACUCUGCCCGCCGUGCACCUGCUGCCUGUCCUGCUCCUCCUGCUGCAGCCACUGCAGCUUCAAGGGAGAAACCACUAUUUUUUUGCAAAUGAGAAUGUAUCAACAGAAGUUUUAGACUAUUUUGAUGAAAUUUCGGGUACAGGACCUACCAGACCACCUACCAAAAAUAAAUUCCUACAGAUGGUCCUUGCUGAUCCUGACAGACCUUUAUGGGAUCGGGAUUAUUGUAAUGGUGAAAUGACGUUUAGAAAUGUUCAUAACAGGUUCAUGUGUAUCACAGAACAUUUCUUCCUCCAAAUGCUCUAUGAGGAGUUGCUAGAGAUCUGCACCCACCCAGUAGUGCCUUGUAAGAAUGGGAUUCAAAGAUGUAGGAGAGGCAAUAAAAUAAUACAGGGAGUCUAUUGUACAUUGCUAGAAGGACUCAGAAUGCCAGAAUGUGUAUACCAAUCUUCAUACAGGAGAGGAAUUGUUCUUAUCACUUGUCGAUGGAAAAAUGAAACCGAACAAUUUAUUCCUGAUGGUAUAAAUGAUAUAGUUCCACUCUGA